AUGAAGCCUCAUACUUACCAGUUCCUCGUUGGCGUCUUCGCCUCGAUGGGCUCGGUGCUUUUCGGCUACGAUCUGGGCGUCAUCGCCGGCGUGGUCGGGAGCACAUCGUACGCCGAGCUAUUCAACGCGAAUGCGGCUCAGAACGGAGCCGUAGUAUCCCUCUUCACAGGCGGCGCCUUCUUCGGCGCCAUGUUCGCCGGUCCGGCCGGCGAUUACCUCGGCCGACGACUAACCAUCAUGCUCGGCGCCAUCGUCUUUCUUCUCGGCGGCGGCAUUCAGACCGGUGCCCAGCACCUGAAUUACCUGUACGCUGGCCGCUCAAUCGCCGGCUUGGGCGUCGGGUUCUUGACUAUGAUUAUCCGCGAAGAAGCUAACUACGACUAUACCGUCUACCAAUCCGAGAUCGCGCACCCGUCCAUCCGGGGCCGGGUGACGGGCCUGCAGCAGUUCAUGCUGGGCAUCGGCGCCUUCCUCGCGGGCUGGAUAACCUGGGGCUGCUUCCGGAACUUCAGCGACAGCGCGCAGUGGCGCCUGCCGCUGGGGAUCCAGAACCUGCCCGCGGUCGUGCUCGCCGCGCUGAUCCUGCUGUUCCCGGAGUCGCCGCGCUGGCUCGUCGACCACGACCGCGCCGAGGAGGGGCUGCGCACGCUGGCCAAGCUGCACUCCAACGGCGACGUCGACGACCCCUGGGUCCGCGCCGAGUACGCGUCCAUCCAGGAGACCGUCUCCUUCGAGCACGCCCACGAGGCCAAGUCGUACCUCGAGCUCUUCACCAACCCGUCCGCCUUCCGCCGCCUCUUCCUCGCCUGCUCCAUCCAGGCCGCCACCCAGAUGACCGGCGUCUCCGCCAUCCAGUACUUCUCCGUCACCAUCUUCGCGCAGAUCGGCAUCUCCGCCGACGACGCGCUCAAGUACCAGGCCAUCAACAGCAUCCUGGCUCUCAUCGCCCAGGCCUUCUGCAUGGCGCUGAUCGACAAGUUCGGCCGGCGGCCCACGAUUAUCGUGGGAAAUUUGGUGAACUGCGUUAUGUUCAUAAUCGCGACCGUUUUGCUGGCUAAGUUUCCUCCCGUGACGAAUUCCGGGAGCACGGCUGGGUGGGGGUUCAUCAUCGUAACUUGGCUUUACAAUAUUUCCUUCUCAUUCGCGUGUGGUCCGCUUUCAUGGAUCAUCCCCGCCGAAAUCUUCGACACUCACACUCGAUCCAAGGGUGUAUCUAUGUCAACUAUGAUAUCCUUCGCCUUCAACACGCUUAUCGGACAGGUAACCAGCAUCGCUGUAGAGGCUGUCGGAUGGCGCUAUUUUGUUGUAUUCGCCGUAUGCAAUGCCACCAACGCCUUGUUCUUCUACCUCGUCCUACCAGAAACCAAGCGCGUGCCGCUCGAGCAAAUGAGCACCGUCAUAUUUUCCAAAGAUGCCCCAUGGAUUGUUGUGGGAAAGAAUUCCGCACAUUACCGUGCUGCCGCCGCAGCAGCCUCCGUUGGAAAGGGCGAUUUGGAGGCGAAGAAAGAAGAGAUCGAGAUCUAA